AUGGCAGAACUACCUCAAUUUUUGCGCCUGGAGCCCUUUGAGCUACCUCAUGACACUCUUUCGGCAAGCACGUAUCUGUUCUUCACCCCCAAGAUUUUGGCAGCGGGAAUCCAGGCUGGCUGCACCCCAGCCGAGAUUAAAAACUAUCUCCAGAGUCACAAGCGCGAGACUGUCGAGGACAAGAUCUCAGACACUAUUCAGGGUCAUCAUUCUGUGAUCUUCCACGCCGUCAAGAGAAAUCUACUCGACAUCGUGGAGCUUCUUCUGGAAUAUGGCGCCGAUCCAUGUGCAAAAGACCCCAACAACAUCCCUUUGCUUGCAGCAACCAUAAUGUGGACCAAAUGGACCUACAAGAAUGCCGACAAGAUGGUCGCGCUUCUACUUUCCUAUGGUGCCGAUCCGCGCUGCAUUCCGGAGAACAUGUGGUCAACGUACAUCCAAAUGCCGACUGCAGAUCACAACAAGGACAGUUCUCCUCAUCCCUCGGCCACCUGGGUGAAGAAGCAACAUCGCCUCAUUCUUGUGGAAACUCUGAACCUCACCAUUCGGUAUCAUCUGAACCGUGCCAGCCUCACAAAACUCGCGACAGCAAGACAACGUCAGCUGGCUCAGCUCUCUGGUUGUCCGCGUAUCCUUCACUUACCUUUCCACAUCAUUGGACAGGAUCAUGCACUCGAAGCCGUGAUGAACAAGAUCAUGGCCUAUGAUACGAUGCACAGGAAGCGCCCGCUAGUCCUGUCAUUUGCUGGUCUAUCCGGUCACGGCAAGACAGAGCUCGCGACCAGCCUCGGAUCACUUCUUGGAACUGACAUCUGCAACGUUGAUAUGAGCAAAACGCACACUGUGAUGAGCUUGUUUGGUGCUGCUGCAGGGUAUCAAAGAUCUUUGGGUGGGUCGCCUUUGAACAACUAUCUCGCAAGUCAUGGGGGACAGCGAUGCGUUAUUUUCUUGGACGAGUUCGACAAAACCAAGCAGGAAGUACGCGAAUCUCUUCUCACGAUCUUGGACACUGGAAUUGGCAUGGAUCUGCGCUCGAAUACAGUUCUGGACGUGACCAAAUCCAUCUGGGUUCUCGCCUCGAACAAAGGCGAUGAUUUAAUUUCGAAGUUUUACGACAAGAAUCUCAAAGGCAAGAGUGACAGCGAAAAGCGUCAUGUAUCUAUCAAGCCACUACAGCAUGAUCUCUACAAACUCUUUAUCGAAGCGUACACGCCUGCCGUGACAGGUCGUAUCAGCAGUUUCCUGCCGUUCUUCCCAUUCAGCCGCGAUGAGGCUGCGGUCAUAAAUCACAAAUUCCUCAGAACACUAGGAGACGAUGUCGUCCUUCCGAUUGAUCUACACAGCAGGCCCCCACGCCCUGUCGGUCAUGUCCAUCUAUCACUUCUGAGGGACGGAGACUUGUGCAAGUUUCUUGCCGAGGACUACAUUCGUGAGCUCGGAGCAAGAUCGAUUCAAAACCGCGUCGAUGGACUUGCUGAUGACUUGUUCAUGCUGUACAAGGAUUCCAAGAAAGAAGUCACAGAAGCAACGAACAGCGGGCCUCAUAUCAAGUACACGCUGCAACUUCAUCCAGUUGCCGAUACCUUCGAAGCCGCUAUCCGUGAGGAUGGUACGACUUUCAUCCCGUCUAACUAA